UCACAGCAGCCUCGCUCUUCCACCUUCCAGUCCUUCCUGCCCUUUUGUUUGUUCUUGGGAUCUGCGAGCCCUCGUCUUUGGAGGUGCAAUCAUGGGUGAUGUUUCGGUGCUCAACAAUGGAGAGGUCUGCAUGGAGUUGCCCCCGGGCUUCAGGUUCCACCCCACAGAUGAGGAGAUCAUUACUCAUUACGUCACACCGAAGAUCAUCAACCAUAGCUUCGCUGCAAGAGCUAUGGGGGAGGUCGACUUGAACAAGUGCGAGCCAUGGGAUCUUCCAAGCAAGGCAAAGAUGGGAGGGAAGGAGCUGUACUUCUUCUGCCAGAGGGACAGGAAGUACCCAACCGGUUUGAGGACCAACAGGGCCACCGAAGCUGGAUACUGGAAAGCCACAGGGAAAGAUAAGGAGAUCUACUGGGGAAAAGGAGUCCUCGUUGGCAUGAAGAAGACUCUUGUCUUCUACAAAGGAAGAGCUCCCAGAGGAGAAAAGACUAAUUGGGUGAUGCAUGAGUUCAGGCUUGAAGGCACUUACCCUCUCCCCAAUCUCCCCAAGUCUGCUAAGGAUGAAUGGGUUGUGUGUAGGGUCUUCCACAAGAAUAAUGCACUGAAGAAAAGCCCAAUCAACUCCUUUGAAGAUGAUCCCUCCCCUCUUCCUCUAAUGGAUCCCCCUUACCCUCCGAGUACCAGCUUCAUCAACGAUGAUCGCAUCUUUGACCUCAAAGCUAUCCCUCCUGGCUUCUCCGCCAUGAUGAACCACCAGCUGGGUUCGAACCCACCUCAUGAUUCAGUUCUGUACUACUCACAAGUCCCUCCACAGGCCUACUUGCACCACGUCGAUGAAGCCAUGCUGAGAGAGUUAGCCGCCACAAACGAAGGAUCACCAUCAGCCAUGACCAAGCACUGCAAGGUGGAGCAGAACUCGAACCAGUCGAUGGGCUGCCCGUCGCAGGACACCGGGCUGAGCACCGACCACAACACCGCGAUCUCAUCGUUCGCGUCGAAGCACUGGGACCGCGACGGCUUCGACGACCCGUGGGCAAGCUAUGGAUUCUGAUCAGGGAUCAUCUGGAAGGAUCUGAGGGACCGAUUUCUUCUCCGGAACGAUUUUUAGGGUCUCGUUGAUCUGCACGAGGUCGCUCAUGUCCAAGGUAUCAGAGAGAAGGCCUUGUGUUCGAAUGAUACUCUCAGUAGCGUGCAGAGUUCUAUAUACAGGUUAAACUCUUCUACAGAGGACAGAGAUGAGAGUAUUCUUUGGUUUCUCCAAUCUGUAUUCAUUGUUAUUAUGAUCACCUGUAUCAAACAUGAAGCUCCUGAGGACUUCCCUCACUGUGUCUGAUCACAGAAACCCUAUCAACUUGCCUUGUAUUGAUUGAAGUAGUCGGUGCAAGUGGAGGUGAAUUCUAACAGCCUGCACUGCACUCCAUUCGAAGCUAAGCUUUUCUGUUCA